GUAUAAUUGGAUUCCGAUCAGGUUUGACAUCACAAAAGCUAGCGAACAAUGGUCUUCUCCAAGCUGAGGCGACCGGGAGGUAGACCCGACACUUACUCUGCCGGUGACAAUGAGGCCUCGGCGGAUCGAACACUCUCCACGGCGCCGAUUCAAGAAGCAAAAGAGGAAGAACUCGUGGACACGCCUAUCCCGCUCCUCACAUGGCGCUCGUUUCUCAUGGGAGUCUUCGUGUCGAUGGGAGGGUUCCUUUUCGGGUACGACACGGGUCAGAUUUCCGGGUUCUUAGAGAUGCCGAACUUCCUCCAGCGAUAUGGCCAACAGCGUUCCGAUGGCACAUUUUACUUUACCAAUGCCCGCUCGGGCCUCAUCGUGGCCUUGCUGUCCGUUGGCACCCUGAUCGGCGCUCUCGUUGCAGCUCCCAUUGCGGAUCGCAUUGGUCGUAAAUGGUCCAUCAGCGGAUGGUCGGCCAUGGUGUGUGUGGGAGUUACGGUUCAGAUUUCCUCUCCGUUCGGGAAGUGGUAUCAAGUGGCCAUGGGUCGGUGGGUGGCCGGCCUCGGAGUCGGGGCUUUGUCAUUGCUCGUGCCGAUGUAUCAAGCCGAAACGGGACCAAGACACAUUCGUGGCUCACUGGUCAGCACCUACCAACUUUUCAUCACUCUAGGCAUCUUCGUCGCCAACUGCAUCAACUUCGGGACCGAAGCCAUGGAUAGCACCGCCUCCUGGCGCAUUCCCAUGGGCAUCACCUACCUGUGGGCGAUCAUUCUGGGGGUUGGGAUUUCGAUGUUCCCCGAGACCGUCCGUUACGACUAUCGACACGGCAAGGUCGAGCGAGCCACCGACACCAUCGCCAAAAUGUACGGAAUCCCCUAUAACCACCGCCGGCUAAAAGAAGAACUCGAUGAGAUCAAGCAGAAGUACGAGGAGGAAGUGGCGCGCGGGAAGGUGACCUGGGUCCAGCUCUUCAAGGGGCCGCGCAUGAAGUACCGGGUUGCAGUCGGCGUGGCUCUCCAGGCCCUUCAACAACUGACCGGGGCCAAUUACUUCUUCUACUACGGCACAACCAUCUUCCAAGGCGCCGGGAUUAGUAACAGCUAUGUCACUCAGAUGAUCCUCGGUGGCGUGAACUUCGGAACCACGUUCUUGGGUCUGUAUCUGAUUGAGAACUACGGCCGUCGGCGGUCGUUGAUUGCCGGCGCGCUGUGGAUGUUCGUCUGCUUCAUGAUCUUCGCCUCGGUGGGCCACUUCGAACUGGACCGUCAAAACCCAGAAAGCACGCACACCGCCGGGGUGGUCAUGGUUGUGUUCGCCUGUCUGUUCAUCCUGGGGUUCGCGUCCACAUGGGGCCCCAUGGUGUGGACGAUCAUCGCGGAGCUGUACCCGUCCGAGUACCGCGCGCGGGCCAUGUCGCUGGCCACCGCGUCCAACUGGCUCUGGAACUUUUUGUUGGCUUUCUUCACCCCCUUCAUCACGAGCGCGAUUGACUUUCGGUUCGGCUACGUCUUCGCCGGCUGUCUGUUCCUGGCCGCGGGCCUGGUGUACUUGACCGUGAUUGAGGGCCGCGGCCGCACCCUGGAGGAGAUCGAUACGAUGUACGUUAUGCGCGUGCCGCCCUGGAAGAGCUCCAAGUUCCAGUUUGAGGAGCUGCAGCCCUACAAUCGCCGCGGUUCCGCGACCGAGAAAGCCGGUGCGGCUCAUAUCCCGCGGGUGGGCGAUGGCCAGCCUGAAGCCUCACAUACUGCGGAGGUGUAAUUCCUUUUCGCCGGUGAAGGGAAAUUUUGUUCCAGUAGGGUAUGCGGGGUUGAAUGUAUAUUAUUGAUGCUGCUUGCUGUAGUUGCUCAUCUUCGUCUUGCAUUUCCGUUCGGUGGUCUUAGCUGGCUUGUGAGUAUGGUAAAUACCUACAUCUAAUACAAUCUCCGAUGAAUUGAAAUCGCG